UUUGAAAAUAUUCCCAAAAAAGAAAAUCUGAUUUUCAUAGUCGGUAACAGUGGUUGUCAUUAAUUAGGUCCAAAAUCAAGAAUCAAAAAAAAGAGUCAGCAGUUAGCUUCAACCCUGAACAAUCAUCUCCUUUGUAUACAAUCUUUGUGUUAUGGACAAAGCAAAAGCCCCUCAAGUCUUUGUUGGCAUACAGAAUUCUCCUAUUAAUUCACAAGUUACAAUUCACAGCUCUUUUUUUCAAUCAUCUGUAUUAGCUAUCAAGAAGAGAAAGCCACCCAGCUUAGUGAGCUUGUGUCUCGGAGUUAUUGGCAGGCAUUUUGAGGAUAUCAUCGAAGACCUCGCUGAGAUUGCUGCUAAUUUUCCAUCCACCAUGAAGAUGGCGCUUGUGGCAAUUGCAAGAAGGAGAAGGUUAUUGAAUGAUGAUGUUAUUGUUGCAUUGGCUGAUAGCUCGUGGCAAAUCCUGGACUUAUCUGGUUCAGAGGUUUCUGAUUUUGGCCUAUCAAAAGUGGUUACGACAUGCAAACAUCUGCGAGCAGUUGAUAUAAGUCGCUGCAGCAAGCUCACGUCAGCCAGUGUAUCAGAACUCUUGCUGAACUGCCAGUCUCUUGAAAUACUGAGAUGGGGAGGCUGCCCUCGGAGUGAGAACACAGCUCGUAGAUGCUUCGCUUCGUUGAAGCCAACACUAGAGCAUGUGGAAGGAGAUUCUUGGGAGGAACUUGAUACCUCAGAAAUAGCUCAUGGUGCGACAUCCUUGCGUUGGCUUUUAUGGCCAAAAAUAGAAAAGGACAUGCUGGAAAGUUUGUCUGAAGAAUGCCCACGAAUCAUAGUUAAUCCGAAGCUGUCACCAUUAGGUUACCGGGGGCUUGAUAUUCCUAGAGAAGCAAGACUAGAUCUAUCGUUAGAUGAUCCAAUUGUUGAAGAUAUUGACCCCAAGACCUGGGAAGUAUCUGGAUUUGUACCUAGAACAUCAGCAUCAUCAGUUUCAAGCACAGAAGAUUUGCCCGUGGCAGAAAAGUUUAGACUUGCAUUUCUUGAGAGAGAUACUAGACUAGCCCCAAAGCGAGCAAAGAAUGCCAGACAACACCAGCGACGUGCAGAAAAGGAAUGGGUAAUGAUGAAUAGUAGGGCAAAAGCACUAGCACUUGCCUCGCUGGCGAGCAAAUCCCUCAACAUUUGGAACUGAAAAUGGAUGUAUACUUCUAUAAACCUGUAUUUCAUCUCCAUCAGCCAAUAGAAAGACCUUCUGUAUGGCAGCAUACUUUGACAAGUAGACUUCAAGCGAGUCUCACGUAGUGUCAUAUGUAAUCUCUUUCUGGUAACUGGGAAAGCUUCUCUUUGCAAGGACAGUUGAGAGGAAGCAAAUGUUUCGCGAGCUUCGGACAAAGUAUUUGGUUUCUUUCAGGCAAUGGUCUUCUAUUUGAAACAUUA